ACAAUAGAGAAAUUUUAUACCUUAUUUUACACCAAAUUGUUUAAUUAAGAUUCGCAAUAUUUGUUAUGUUCAAUUUUUAUUAUAGCGUCGCUCAACAAUUUGAAGUUAAACCAUUUCAGCAUUAGUUAUGCAAGCACUAUUUAUUCUUCGCAUCAUUUAUAUUUUUAAGAAGCACACAUUUGCUAGCUUGUAAGUAAACUAAAGCAUACCAGGCCUUACAUUCUUUUUGUCCUUUUAUUCAUUUUUUUUUUCAAUAUGUUAGAGUGAAAAAACGUUGAACCAACCAGUUUAUGUGUUUUAAAUGUCGGUCAUUCGGCUGGAACAACACGAGUGAAGUGGAACUAAUCCAAAAGCUGAAGUCAUCAGCUGACAUUUGAUUUAUCAGUUACGCAACGAAAACGCUGCUUUUUUACUUCUUAGAACACUUGUUAAAAUUUAUGUUGGUGCUCUUUUUUUACCACUUGUCUUUAUUUUGUUUCUUCUGAUUCAUCUAAUGCUACUGUUGCAUAAAUGGAGACUUAAAAAUUACUAUGAACACGCGUAGGUUUUGCCGCAAGAACGCAACCGCAAUUCAAUUUGCUAUUUUGUUUUGUCUCCUUUUUUACUUGAUUUACCACUUGAAAAAUAUCAAAAUUAAAAAAGGCUUGAAAUAUGGACAGACGAUUAAGCACAACCAGAACCCAUCAGAGGACAAUGUUUACAAAAACAUUGAAAACGGUCCUGGUGACGGUGAAAAGAAGGGUAGAGGUCAUAUAAGGACAGAUUUUGGGCUGUUCACGCUGCCAGAGAGAAUCCAGAUGUCGAGAGAUUACAUCUUAAGGCAAAUCAAAUCAGACAAUAGUUUCAUAUACAGAGUCAACAUGAACAAAAAUGUGCAUAUCUCUGAGAGCUAUAACUUAUUACGUCACGCAGGGACAAUCUACUCGCUAGCAACAAUCAACGAAGAGUUCCCCAGUACUUCAUUAGAAGAUGCAAUCACCAAGACUGCCUCUUGGCUCAUCUCCCGUUUGGAGCCAGUGAAAAACAAUGACAACGUACUGGCCGUGUGGUCUAAGUACCCCGAGACUAAAAUGGACGACCAGGAGGCCAAAUUGGGAGGAGCCGGGUUGUCUCUGGUUGCCUUUACGAAAGCCCAAAAAAUAUCCCAAAGUUUAAUUUCUGUUGAAACUAUGGAAAAAAUAGCAGCUUUUAUUGAAUCUAUGCAAAAACCGAGCGGACAGUUUAGUUCAAAGUUGGAUAAAAACUCAGCCGUAACGAGUUUCAUCUCGUUGUAUUACCCAGGAGAGGCGUGUUUGGGUUUGACGAUGUUUCACCAGUUGACUCGCGAGGAAAAAUGGUUCACAGUGGCCCUGAAGGCCAUGAAGUAUCUGGCGUCGCAGCGGGAGAGUCAAGCAGUGGGUGAGGUGUUGCCAGACCAUUGGGCUCUUAUUGCGACCCGAGAACUGCUCAAGUCCGAUCUACUAAGACCCAUGGACCGAGAUAUGCUGAUUAAACAUGCACUCAAGGUAUCGACUAAACUGAUAUCGGAGCAGAAAAGGAUGCCUGGGGAAGGGAGGGUGAAGUUCUCGUUCGACUCCAAUGGAGGCCUCAGUCCCACCUGCACACGUCUCGAAGGUCUCCUCGCUAUCAUGCAUCAGGUUGAAUUCUCGAAAUUACCCGAAGGAAUGCUGGACACUGUUGAAAAUGGAAUCAAAUUUGUCAUCGAUAACCAAGAGAUAUCAGGGGAAUUCAAAGGCGGCUUCAGACGCCAAGUGAUGGAAAGCAAAGACUCAAGAGAACUCGAUAUCAGAAUAGACAAUGUGCAACACUGUGUGACUGCACUCGUUAAGUACUACCAAUUGGCUCAAAAAUGGACUCAAAAAUAGAAUCCUAACAGAAAACAUUAAACCACAUUUUCCAAAAUUAUUAGAAAAUUUAAUAAAACUUCAAAUGUCCACAUGCAAUUUUAAGUGCCUUUGUUUUGGUGUAAUUUUUAUAUCAUUGUACAAAAACGUUGAAGAAUUGUCA